AUGCACGGCAAAGAGUUGGCUGGCAGGCUCCGGAAAAGGGAAAAUGAUAACGAUUUAUCACCAAAUUCAAGCUCUUCUCCUGCUGAAAGAUUUAGGUGUCCACAUCCCGAAUGUAAUAAAACUUUCUCACGUCAGGAACAUUUAUCAAGACACAAGCUAAACCACUGGCCGAAAGAGAUAUAUGUUUGUUCUUACGUGCUUCCUACUACAAAUGCGCCUUGCAAUAAAACGUUUGUAAGGAAAGAUUUACUGAUCAGACAUGAAAAGAGGCAUUCAAAGGUGAAAAACAGAUUAAGUCGGCCAAGCAAGGACCAGAUUUCCUCAUCAAAUAAGGACUUCUCCAAAAAUGCACCAUAUAAUCCCAGUGAAGUACCCCUUUCUACGCAAAGUGGAACUUCUACGAUUAACUUAAUAAAAAAUUCUGUGAAUCCACCACCAUCUAUCACACAAGAAUCAAAAUUUCGUCCUUUUCUUCAACAGGCUCAACAACCUCAACAGGUUCAGCAAUCACAACAACCACAACAAAUUCAACAACUGCAGCAACUUCAAUUCCCGCAGCAACUGCGGGCACCAUUGCAACAACCUAUGUUGCAGCAACAAAUGCAUCCACAGCAAGCAAGUCCUACUUUUCCAUCGUAUGAUCCUCGAAUAAGGAACAACGGUCAAAAUGGUAAUCAAUUUUUUAAUUUGAUAUUUGAUAACCGUACAGGCGUUAAUGGUUUUGAAGUGGAUGCAGCGAAUAACAACGGUAAUGGCAAUGACCAAAAUAUGAAUAUCAAUCCAGCCGUGCAGCAGCAACGAUAUCAAGACAGAAAUUUUGCAAGUAGUUCAUAUCAGCAGCCACUCCAGCCACUUACCCAGGAUCAACAACAGGAACAGUACUUUCAGCAGCAAAAGCUUGCCCAACAGCAACAGCAACAGCAACAGCAACAACAACAACAACAACAAUUACCACCCCAGAAUCCAUUUGGAGAUCCAUUAACAUCUUCCUCUAGCGGUGCUAAUUUGUCAGUUAUGCAGGACCUUUUUUCUACAAAUUUUUUGAACAGCGACCCAUUACAAUCUUUCAUGCAAGAACUUUCUGAAGCCCCGCAAGUAAGUAUUGAAGAUACAUUUUCUGACAAGAAUACAAUCCCACCUAAUGAAAAACCUGUUCAACAAGACGAAGGGUUCCAGAAUCCUCCAGUUAUGUUUGAGUUACCACAAGAUAACAUUAAAAUUCCCAAAGCACAACCGAAGUUCAACGAUAACCCCAGUACUUCAGUGAAGGACAAUCUUUCCAGUCAGAAGCUUAAUAUCAACGAGCUAAAACGGAGAUCAUCUAAAGAUUCAGGAGUAGGAAACAAUUCCUCUCUGAACUACAAGGAACAGUUGCGUCACUCUAUGAAAAGUGUCCCGUCAUUUUUCCAUCCGGAUCCCUUAACAAAGUAUAAGAUAUCAAAAGAAAAAUGUCAAGAAAUGUUUUCAUUUGUUCCAGAAUUACGCUAUGUCUCUAUUGAAUCUAUACACAAAUCGUUAAAAUCCUUCUGGUUGAACUUCCAUCCACAAUACGGUCUGCUUCACAAACCCUCUUUUCACGUUGAUAAACAGCCUGCAAUUUUGAAUUUGGCACUAAUUAUGACUGGCGCAAGUUUUUUGGGAAGCGAGUAUCGUGAACAGAUUAGUGACCCAAUUUGUGGUCCUCUAAGAUGGAUAAUUUUUUCUCAUGCUGAUUUUCAACCACCUUCUAAAACCUACAUCAUUCAAAGUUUAUUAUUAGUCGAAGGAUAUGAAAAAACAAGUACGAACAGGUAUUUACAUGAAAGGUCUUUUUUACAUCACGGAACGACCAUUCAAUUGCUAAGGCGAACGCCCUCUUUAGGCGGCCAUCCCUUAAUGGUCAAAACCGGCAAAACCUCUGGGGAAAAUUCAAUUCAAGACCCACAAGAAGUUUAUAAAAGAUGGAUUGAUUUUGAAAUGUUGAAAAGAAUAGCUUUCUACGCAUUUUAUAUGGACACUACACAUGCUGUAGUGUUUGGAUACUGGAAUUUAUUUAUUAAUAGCAAUCAGAUUCAACUAACUUUACCCUGUCCAGAUCAAGUGUGGGAAUCUUAUGAUUUGAGCUAUGAAACUCUGAUGGAGCAUGGGUAUGGCAGCACAAAGAGAGAUGAGAAUAAUACAUUUUUGUCUGCGUUAAUGCAAUUAAUGAAAAAUGUCAUUCAAAUCUUACGAAAUAAUAAUAUACGGAGAAACAAAGUCAACAAUGGUGGAAUAGAGAGUACCCCUACAGACUUGGAAAGCACUACAGAUUGGAAUAUUCAGAGUCUUUUUGGUAAAAAGAUUCUUUUGGCGGGGAUAAUUUCGAUCUUAUUUCAAUGUCAAGAGGAAGUUAAUGGUGACUAUUUCAUUACUAACUUUAGGGGCGGAAUCACUGAUCAUUUAGGCCUUUCAUGGAAAGAUAUUUUAUCAUUUGCAAUGAACUAUUGGCUUCACGAAGUUCAGAAAAGCUGCACUGAUCCGAAAGCAUGUAGGAUAAGUACUCCAUCUGAGGAGACACUAACGAACAGAAAAAUUGACGAGGAUAAUGGAGAUGGACUAUGUGAUGAUGAUUUGGACUUGCUUUCCUCCGAUAAUCCGUCAAAUUGUAAAAUUCCCGUUAUUCAUAUCUCUCAAAUUGUCCUACGUAUUCUUCAUCAUGAUUAUUACAUAUAUGCAGGAGCACCUUGGAGAAUGAAUGUACCAAUUGGUCGCGAUGAAUAUGACAUGAUCAGUCGCAGGAUUCUCCAGUUCGCUAAGGACCCCUACAAUGGGGGUGUAGCUGUAGUCUAUGCCUUCCAGUUCUUAUUUGAAAUGUUUAUCAUUAAGGAAAAUAACGUUCCAACCGUAGUGAAGAGCUACAAUAUAAAUUCUGAUCCUGUGAUUACUAGACCCUAUGCGAUUGCAUUAACUUCACUCCUAAUUUGGUCUUGUAAUUUUGCAUUACAUGGCUGUGAAGUUAGCAUAUGGGAUAAUACAGAAGCCUCAAAGGAUGAAUGCUUUCAACCAGAUGACAGCAAUGGUGGAAACAUUCUAGGCAAUACUGAUAAUAAUGGAUCGACGAUUGCAAACAACAAUUUAAAGGAAAAGAACAAUUACAUUCCAAUAGAAAGUUUUGAAGUUUACCUAUUGAGAAUGUAUCGGAACUUAUAUGUGGAUAGCUCACUCGAUGUAGUUAGCUUUCAGAAUGACGUUUGGGCAAAAGCGAGUUUACUUCAACAUAUUUCUAAUACCCACUUUCUAUGCGGGAUGAUGCAGUUUAUGAGAGAUAUUUUCAACAAGAGCUACUGGGAUUUAGGGCGCGAAUUCGGAAAACUCUUCGAUAAUUGUUUGGAAAGGAGCCUAGGGAAAACGUCACCCACUUGUCAUAACAUGUUUGAUGUUUAG